CGCAUGAUCCCACUGCCCAUGUGGCUUACCAGGACUUCUUUGGAUAUCUUUUCACUCUGUUUUUUUUUGUUACCCUUUGUUUUGUGAAUGAUCGCUGAAAAGAGGGCAAAGAGAAAACGUGAAGGUCGCUGCUGCCUGUAUCCUCUGCUGAAUAUUUACUCCAGUGACCUCCAAUCACCUACUGCAAAUGGACAACACCGGGAUGAAAAGAGGAAUUGUGAUAAAAGAUGACUGGCCAGGACACAGUCUGGACCUGUUCACUUACCCUGAACACUACCAUGAAGACAUAGAAAGUGUUUACAUUCCACAUGGGGUGAUCAUGAACAGGAUAGAGCGUCUGGCCCGAUACAUCAUGGACGACUUUGGGGACAACAACAUAAUGGUGUUGUGCGUCUUGAAGGGAGGCUACAAGUUCUGUGCAGACCUGGUGGAGUUCAUCAAGGUCCUCGGCCGCAACUCCAACAAGUACCUGGAGACCCGGGUGGAGUUCAUCCGUCUGAAGAGCUACCUGAAUGACCAAUCAACAGAGGAGCUGCACAUCAUAGGAAGCCGAGAUCUGUCUUUCCUGCGUGGAAAGAGUGUGCUCAUUGUUGAGGCCAUCGUUGACACGGGAAAGACCAUGAGGGCCCUUCUGAAGCAUGUGAAGACCUUUGAACCCAAGAUGGUCAAGGUUGCAGGUCUGUUGGUGAAGAGGGUCCCGAACAUAGCUGAAAGUCUGACAGACUAUGUUGGAUUUGAAAUCCCCAACCGCUUUGUUGUUGGUUAUGCCUUGGACUACAAUGAAUACUUCCGUGACCUGAAUCAUAUCUGUGUCAUCAGCAAGACUGGAAAGAUGAAGUACAAGGUUUGAGAAGAGUUAAAACCAUAAGUCAUGAGCAGUUGUACAUUGUCACCACAAAACUCUUUGUCCUUGACCUUCUUCACCAAUAGUUUCAGUUUUCAAAAGUCAGUCUUUGUUUAAAUAUGUUUCGGAAAAGAACAUUCUUCCCCUUGAAGCAGGCAGUUAUAACCUUUGUGAAAUUAUGAGAAAAUUUCUUAUAAAUAAAAAACAAAAAUGUGA